AUGGGAGAAUGGGCAGUGGUCACUGGAGCAGGAGAUGGAAUUGGAAGAGCCUACUCCUUGGAGCUUGCCAAGCAUGGGUUAAAUGUGGUUCUCAUAAGUCGGUCAUUCAAAAACUUGGAGAAGGUAGCCUUGGAAAUUGAACAAACGACUAAAAGAACUGUGAAAAUCAUACAAGCUGACUUCACAAAAAGUGACAUAUAUGAAAACAUUGAAGAAAAUCUUCAAGGAUUAGAAAUUGGAAUUUUGGUUAACAACGUUGGAAUGCUACCUAAUCGCUUUCCGUGCCAUUUUCUUAAUAUUCCAGACAAAGAUGAGGACCUUGUUAACUGCAACAUCAUGUCUGUCACUAAGAUGACGCGAAUCAUUUUGAAACAAAUGGUGGCAAGAAAAAAAGGGCUAAUUCUUAACCUUUCAUCAGCCAUUGGCACCUUUCCUUGUCCUUUAUAUACAAUCUAUUCUGCAUCUAAGGCUUUUGUAUAUACAUUUUCCAAAGCACUUCAAGUGGAAUAUAAGUCAAAAGGAAUUGUGAUACAGGCAGUGACUCCCUUUGCUGUUUCUACUCCAAUGAUCAUGCAUCAGCAACCCAAUCUCAUCACGAAAACAGCAGAAGAAUUUGCACAAGAGUCACUGAGAUAUGUUACAUUUGGCGAUGAAACAUUUGGAUGUUUAGCUCAUGAAAUCUUGGCACGAUUUGUACAGUGUAUUCCUUUUUGGUUGCUCCAGAACAACAAAGUACAAGAAACUGUGAUAUGUCUUAUGACAGAGCAUUCUAAAAGAUAACAUCUUAUCCACCUCAGUGAGCCUACUUGAGGAUCUGGUAUGAAUUAUAGCAGCAGUCAACUUGAUUAAUUGCAAGAUUUUGAAACAUGCAUGAAAACAGCCCUUCAGUAUCUUUUUUUUUUUAAAUCUUGUAUCCAUUUCUGUUUUGUUUACCCAUUUUAUUGCUUCCAUUAUUU